AACGUCCUGCCUUCCCAUCGACUCCAGAGCUUGACGCAGACGCGAGAAGGCAACUCGAGAGCGGAUACACAAAGGGAGCACAGGGACCUGCAGCUAUGGGGAUCAAACUUUACUACACCACUGUCACAGCCUCUCGGACGGUGAAGUCUCAACAGGCUGAGGUGAUGCGGAUCCUUGAGAGUAAAAGCAUCAAGUACGAGCUCAUCGACAUCUCUCUGGGCGGGGACCUUCGUGAUGAAAUGAGAAGUAAAGCAGGAGACCCCACGGCAGUCCCUCCCCAACUCUUCAAUGAGGACCAGUACUGUGGGAACUAUGAGAUGUUUUCUGAGGCGGUGGAAGCAGAUACAGUGGACCAAUUCCUGAAGAUGGCGUGAGGAGGGCAAAAUGUAACUCUCCAUCUUAUCCACAUUCCCCAAACCACCACCACCACCUGAACCCACCUGGUGCCCGGCCCUUUAUCCAGUCUCUCUUUCUCUCUGCACCACUCGCAGUGUCCACACACUUUCAAUGCCAUAACGAAGAAUGCCAAAUGUCUUGAAUCAAACCAAUCAGAAGACACACAUUCCCCUUACUGCACCAUUAGACCCUAAAUCAGUCUUCAUCUGUUUCAUGUGUUUUUGUAUCCUCUCUCUUCAGUCAGUUCCUCUGUCCCACAGAUUCCUCCAGGAAUGAAUGUGCUGUCUAAACAGUGCGCUAAUUAGGUCGACUAAUCUCGGCUGCAGCCACAUGAUAGCUUGAGAUUAAACUAAUCCACUGGAUGACAACUUUUACCCCACAAUCUUCCUGAUCCUCUGCAGACUAAACGCACCAUCAUCAUCAGCAUCAUCACUCAGUCUUAACUACUUUGCAUUAUUUUUUGCAGCCUUCAGGUUCCCAUGUUGAAUAUGACUGCACACUCUUUUUUUUACUUCACAUGGAUGCAAACGUACACACAAGUAGCAAGGACUGAAAUGUCCUCGAUUAAGAAUUAAAGCAGUAAAAAACAAACGUCUGUUUUGCAUAAAGAGUCUUUUUAAUUUUGGUCCUUUUAGUCACUUUAUCCAAACACUGACAGAGGAUUGGAUUUUAAACGAGAGGCCACUCUGAGGUCUUACAUGUGACCUUCUUUGGCCUCCGGAACUCAACUAGUGUUAUUCAAGGCAGAUAUUGAAAAUGCACAUUGCUAUUAAGAACAAAGAAAGUGUAUGUUUACAGUUUACAAACCUGUAAAGGGGGUAUCCUUCCCUAAAGCCUGAUUUAUACUUCUGCGUCAAAUCGGCGGCGAAGCCUACGCGGGAGGUCCGAGUAGCUCCCGUACCUACACAGAGGCCUACACACGUAGCUGACGUGCACCUCCUCCAAAAUGUAACUAUCCGUAGAAUCGAUGCAGGCUGCAAGCCCUGUGAUUGGUCCACUCGGCGGUAUUGUAUUUCCUGCAUUUACAGCAUGUCCAGGAUCCCCGCUCAUCGGCCGUGUAUUUCGUCUCCUCCUCUCUAUUCUUCAUGUAAUCAUGUCUGUAUGAUAAAGAGCAACAUGUAUCAGCUGUAGAUUAACAUAACACGCUCUGAAUCUCUGUGGAAAAGUAAACAGAGAUCGUAGAGGGGCCGAAAGCAGGCGACCGACUAUCAGAGAGACCACACUGCCCUCAAGCGUUUCAGGGGAGAAUUGCUGCGCGACACGGACACAUCGACGCACAAGUAUGUGGUGCUCAUGUCAGUGUCAGCCCCUGCUGCGUAGGGGAGACACAGAAGUAUAAAUCAGGCUUUACUUUUCAAAACACAGAGUAUUUUGAAACCAUGCAGAGCUUACCUCCCUGUCUGAUAAAUUGCAGUCUUCUCUCUCUCUCUCUCUCUCUCUCUCUCUCUCUCUCUCUCUCUCUCUCUCUCUCUCUCUCUUUCUCUCUCUCUCUCUCUCUCUCUCUCUCUCUCUCUCUCUCUCUCUCUCUCUCUCUCUCUCUCUUUCUCUGUCUUAAUUUCUCUUCACUGGUAGGAGUAGUGUGAAUGGCCUGUUUACGUAACACAAACAAAACAGGGACCCACUCCAGAACACGGUGCUCCGAGGCGCUGCUUGUGAUCAAAAGCUUUCCAGGGUACCUUUUCAGGCUUCGCUGCGGAAAUAUCCAAAACUUAAAAAGACGGAAGAUACAUCAGAGAAAUCUGUAGCAAAUAAAAAGGCACAGCAGCGUCAAGAUCUUUACAUGCACUUGCUGGUGUUUCAUAUUAAAACCUGCUUCAGCUUCAGGCUUCAAUAAUGUUUGGAUACAUCUAAUGAAAUCAGUGGGGGAACAUAUCUGUAGUUAGCUUCUUAAUCUUAGCAUCCAGUGGAGCAGGAUGAACACAUUUCUUUAUGUCACAUUUGUUGCCAAUAUAUAUAACUAUAUAUAUAUUUAGUCCUUUCUGCUGGUGGAUAUUCGCUGGACUUUUAGCACUUUCUUGCUAUCCUUUCCAUUCCUAAUAUUCUGCAUAACUUGAAAGCUUUGUACUUGGCACCAAUGACAAGUUAAAAAGACACCAAACAUUUAGCAGUAAGUAUUUCAUACAGUUUGGAUAAGAUGUGAAACUUAUAGCUUUCAACUAUGUAGCUUUUCUUCCUCAGUUUAUUUUAUGUUGCAGCUUGAAUAAUCGUCCGGAGUAUGAAGAUGCAGUACGGUGACCUUCCUCGUUCUGAGGUCACAUUUAGGUUAAAGCUGGUGUGUUUAGAUUGACCUGACUCAGUCUUACUAGCCUUAGGAACCACGGGCCACAUGGGAAAAAUGAAGGCUUCACUUAAUUGUGCUUUUACAUGUGUGCAUUCAUUUAGCCGAUAAGUUGAAUAUACUGUUCAUGUUCUUGGUCACAUAUCUGUUUGAUAAUCAAGAACCGACAUGAUAUCGCACUCUGACUCGUAACAUCUGUCACCUCUACCCUACUUUCAGAAUUGUGUUGUUACAGUUUGGGAUGACAGCCUUCACACACAAUGUUUGUGCACUGUUUUGUAAGUCGAUGGUUGUAGAUGUUUGCCUGUUAUUGAUGUAUAUUCACUAUAUCAACCAUGUUUUAGACAUUCCAUGUCUCUCUCUGAGCGCCUGCUUUGCUUUUGGACCAAUUCCCCUUGGCCAAAAAAGAAGAAAAUAGGGAAUAAAAUGCUGUUGUCUUCCAAGAAGAUUGUGAAAAGUGAUUUAUGGGUGAAAAAUAAAAUGGAGUUGAAUCAA